UCAGUCUCAGAAGAGGGGGAGGCCGGCCGACUUGCUGACAGGCAACCGCUAUGGCUGCGACGCUGAGCAGCGGGGAACGCUGGACGGAAGCCUAUAUUGAUGCAAUUAGAAGAAACAAAUACUCAGAAGACAGACCUCCGGAGGGUCAUGACGCUUGUGGUUGCUGUAACUGCAUGAAGGCACAGAAAGAAAAGGCUGAGAAUGAGUGGACGCAGACCCGACAGGGUGAAGGGAGUGCCACUUACACAGAGGAGCAGCUGCUUGGGGUGCAAAGAAUCAAGAAAUGCAGAAAUUACUAUGAAAUUCUGGGAGUUCCACGAAAUGCCAGUGAUGAAGAGCUUAAGAAAGCUUAUCGAAAACUCGCCCUGAAGUUUCACCCAGACAAGAACUGUGCUCCGGGAGCAACGGAUGCGUUCAAAGCGAUAGGAAAUGCCUUUGCAGUCCUGAGCAAUCCAGACAAGAGACUCCGCUAUGAUGAAUAUGGAGAUGAGCAGGUGACUUUCACUGCACCUGGAGGCAGACCUUAUAAUUACUACAGGGACUUUGAAGCUGACAUCACUCCAGAAGAACUGUUCAAUGUCUUCUUUGGAGGACACUUUCCCACAGGAAAUAUCCAUAUGUUUUCAAAUGUAUCCGAAGAUGCCCACUAUUACCGCCGGCGUCACAGACGUGAGAGGAUGCAGACAAGGAAAGAAGAGGAAGAAGAUAAACCUCAGACGACGUAUUCUGCGUUUAUCCAGUUACUUCCUGUCCUUGUGAUUGUGAUUAUAUCUGUUAUCACUCAGCUGCUGGCUGCUAAUCCGCCAUACAGUCUAUUUUACAAAUCGACCUUGGGCUACACCAUUUCUAAGGAAACCCAGAACCUGCAGGUGCCUUACUUUGUGGAUAAAAACUUUGACAAGGCCUACCGAGGAGCAGCCCUGAGGGACCUGGAGAAGACGAUAGAGAAGGAUUACAUCGAUUACAUCCAGACAAGCUGUUGGAAGGAGAAACAACAAAAGUCCGAGUUGACCAAUCUGGCCGGCUUGUACAGAGAUGAACGACUGAAACAGAAAGCAGAGUCCCUGAAACUUGAACACUGUGAAAAACUCUCCAAACUCAUCGGCCUGCGCCGAGGUGGCUGAGCGCGCGGCUGGCCGACACAGGGUCAGGGGUUUGCUACUUAAAGCUAUCUAUGUUCCUAAUUCCAUUUUAUAAUACAAAACUAGGAAAUAAUGAACACUGUACUAUUUGCUAGGCCGAGUUGAAGGAGCUCUGAGCCCAGCUUAUCAUAGACUCUUUCCUGGGGACUGGCUUCAAGGGCAAAGGGUAGUUCAUCUAACUUGAGUCAAUGGCAAAGAAUUUGAUCAACUCCAUGCUUUUGGCCUUCCUCCCCUACCUCUAUGAAUGUAACCCAGGCAUCUCAAAACAUGCUCUGCUUUUUCCCUUC